AAUCAUUCAAAACAACUGGCGCUAAAUAACGCUUUUAAAAAAUUAAACAAUUUAAAAAACAGUGAUAAAUAUUAAAGUUUAGGUGCAUAAUUAAUUGACACGAUUUGAUGAUGAAUAUCCCUAAUCUUAUAUCAGAUAUAUUAAAGCGAAAAAGUGUUAUAGGUUUUGAUGAAAAUCAAACGAAAACAAGCAGCACAAUUUUUUGUAGAGCUAUUUGCUUUGGAUCUUAUAGGAUAAAAUCUGAAAAAGUUGUUCUUACAAGCAAAGGCAUUCAAAUUGUGGCUCCUUCAUCAGAAAACAAGGACCUUACCGUUUUAAACAUUCAACAUUCAGAAAUUGUAAAAUUGGUAACAAGCUUCGGUAGACCUCUCAUUAUUUUCAUUUACACGAAACCAUCAACUGCUAGGUACAUUCGUGAACAAUUAAAAUUGUCUGAAAAUUCUGAGAUAUCGCCUCAUUUCUCACCAGUCUCCCCCAAUGAAUCACAGAGGAAAAUCACAUUAUUAGCAGAUAAUUUCACCGCGAAAGAUAUAAAUGCUAUCAAAUCAGUUUGUGAUUCUUUGCAACUUGAAGAGAUCAACCAUAGAGAUGCACAGGAAAUGCUCUUUCGUUCUACAGGAAUUUCCUUUUCAAAGCACUGAAUUCACAUCGAAAUAAUAUUGAAUAGCAUGGUGAAUUAUAUUUUCAGUUUCAUAUGGGCAUUCUGAAAGUCCUUGGUAGUAAUUUAUGAAUAAAGUGAUAAAAAUUUAAUUUCUUUGAAGAAUGUGAAAAAAAUUAACGAAGUUAUCAGUGGUUUUAUAUUUAUCAUGUUGUUCAUAGUUGGUUUAAGCAAUCAUCGCACAGUUUUCUACAAAAAUGUUUUUACUCUUAGUUUUGAUGAAUAAAUUAAAUU